AAACGAAUCAGCGCAAAGACGGACCUGUCGUUUCCUGGAGCCUAGUUGAAAUGCUUUUACUUUAAAGUUUUUUCUGAAGCAGUGACAUAGGAAACCAUGGCUGAUUCAGUGGGGGUGGAUAAUCAGAAAUUCUGCUUACAAGAGGUGCUCGACACUUUCAAGUUAUGUCUGUCUGAAAAUAAAGAAGUCUAUCUUGAACACUACGUUGCUGGCUGGCGUGGUCUUGUAAAGUUUCUGAACAGCUUGGGGAGUGUUUUUGGUUUUAUUUCUAAAGAUGCCGUCAACAAAAUCCAGAUCCUGGUCACUUUCCUCAAUGGUGAGAAUGGGUCUCAAUACGUCACAGUUCAGUCAAUGGUAAAAUAUGAAUUGGACAAUCAACUAGUGGACUUGACCAAGAGAGGCAGCUACCCAGAGUCAGGCUGCCGUACUCUGCUGAGGCUCCACCGGGCACUGAGAUGGUUGGAGCUCUUCCUUGAGCGCCUUCGCACCAGCACUGAGGACAGCAAGACGUCAGCCAUGUGUUCAGAAUCCUACAAUGAGUCCCUUGCCCAGCACCAUCCUUGGGCGAUCCGUAAGGCUUCGGGCUUGGCGUUCUGCAUGCUCCCUGGAAGGCCAGCUUUCUUUGAGGUGAUGAAUGUAGGCCCACCAGAGCAGGUUGUAGCUAUGUUAGGGGAAGCCCUGCCUCUAAUCUCAGAGGUAUACCAGAUUACAGAGGACCUUUAUGCUCAACAUAACCUGCUUGAUUUACCUUAAACAGCAAGGAGUGCUAUUGUUUGACACUUUGUACUGUACAUUAGAAGAAAUGGUGAAGUAUUCAAACUUUGUACCUGGUUAUGGGUUGUCAAGAUAGCUGCUACUCUUGCUUUGUGUUAAAAAGUUAUUUAACCAAUCAUACUUCUGACACAUUUAAUGACACUGAAUCAUUUAUACUUGAAUCAU